UCAAAAACCAAUGUCAACAUCAGCUGUGUUUGGAUGUUUAAUUACACUAAAAAAACUUAUUUAACGCACUAAAAUGAUAUAACAACAAGCUGUUUAAAAAAAAAAUAACAAAUCGAAAGUAUAGAAGGAACCACAUUGAUUUCCGAAUUUGUGCAAUGUAUAACAGGAAGUGUCAGAUGAUAUUGCGCAGUUUGUUGUCGACACACCCGAUUACAGGUGUCAGUAACGUCCAGUCUAUUUGUACAACAUCAUCACUUAGGGACGCCAAUUAUUAUGAAGCACUUGGCAUAAACUCGAGCUCGACGCAAAAUGAGAUAAAGUCAGCAUAUUACAAGCUUUCAAUGCAAUUUCAUCCUGACAAAAAUAAAGGUUGUGAAAUAUCAGCAAAAAAGUUUCGUGAGAUAACCCAGGCAUAUGAAGUACUUGGCAAUUAUCGUCUUCGAAGACUAUAUGACAAAGGUGUUAUACAUACAGCUGGACCAACGUAUCAGCAGCCUACAGAGUAUGAACCUGAGGUGGAAGACGAUCCAGAAACAAAAUUUUACAAAUCACGUUUUAAAAAAUCAAAAGUUUCAGACGAACUAGGUCGUACCCCUAUAUACGACUUCGAUGAAUGGUCUCGCUCUCAUUAUGGUAAAAGUUUUCAAAGGCGACAAGAUUCUAAAGCAAAAUUUGAACGGAAGCAAUCGCAGAACCGUCAGCAUGUAUUAACUUUACAAAACGAGCUGGUACUAUUCGGAUUUGUGUUUGUGGUUGUGGCAAUGUAUGCUAUAUUCUACACAGAAUCCUCUCUAGAUACGCCUAGAGAACGUGCUACGGCAGUAGCAAAAGAAAAUAAUAAAAAUAAUGAUACUUCAAUAGUGAAUAAUUCGGCGGGCACCGAAACUUAAUUGUGAUAAAAAGCAAGAAGGCUAUAAGAAAAAACGUUUCAAAUAAUUGUAUUUUUAAAAAAAACUUGUUGUAAUUACCGGCUUUAUGUUUUUCCUUUAAUAGAACAAUUUUACAAAGUGUA